UCACACUGCCAGGGUUUGGGGCUCGAUUCCCGGUAUGUCUGUUGGGGUUUCCUCCGGGUACUCCGGUUUCCUCCGCCAGUCCAAAGACGUGCAUGGUAGGCUGAUUGGCGUGUCUAAAGUGUCCGUAGUGUAUGAAUGUGUGUGUGAAUGUGUAUGUGAGUGUGCGUGCCCUGCCUUGUACCCCAUGCUCCCUGAGAUAGGCUCCAGGUUCCCCGUGACCUUGUAGGAUAAGCGGUAUAGAAAAUGGAUGGAUGGAUAAGUAAUAUUUAAUCUUUUUAUAAUAUAUUUAUAUUUAAUAUUUAAUCAAUUCGUAAUAUUCUGACAAUAAAGUGAUAAUACUAUAGACUUUUUUUUCACGAAAUCUUGCUUUUAUUUAAUUCAUUUUUUAAUUUUUUAUUUUUAUUUUAAACCACCGCCCUAAGAAAGUCUUCGUACAUUUGAGAUUUUGACCCAGGACUCUUAUUCUCAAAUCCGUCGGUUAUAACCGUUGGAAACGUCACGGCGUCCAUUUUUAAAUUUCGUAAUCAAAAAGCACGCGCUGCGCUCCUCCUUGUAGACUUCCGCCCUGCUCGCGCUUUUGUCUGUCGCUGGUUUUCUGGCUUGGCAGCAGCGGAGUCGCUCGCGCGUGCGCGCGCUACAGGCGAGUCGGGGGAAAUAACGGCUGUUUUAAAAGCGCUUUGCUGAAGGUGGAGGAGGGUAUGUAUGAGGUGGAGGCGGGACAGGAUGUGAGGUCAUGAUCAACCUUUUCUGACUCUCCGUCCUGCGCUAGGGUGUGAUUGAGGAGCUCCGCCUCUCUCCACCCAGCAGCCAGUCAGGAUGCUGGAGGUGAAGCAUAUGAGUGCGGAGAAGAAGGAGACGGCUGUGGGAACAGAUGAUGGCCGUAGUGUGUGUGUGAGCAAUGCAGACCCUGUGUACGUGUACGAGACUCAGGACUGGAUGGUUUCUCCGGCCUGCUCUCCAGAUGAACACAACUCCAUCUCUCCACUGCUGGCUGAGGAGACGUUUCGCUACAUGACUUUUCUCACCCUGGAGCCCUCUUCCUCCUCCUCCCUCUCCCGCUCUCACACUUUCUCCAAAGUUCUCACCUCCGACCGCGUGGAGCAGAUGACAAAGACCUACAAUGACAUCGAGGUGGUCACACACCUGCUGGCCGAGCGGGACCGGGAUCUGGAGCUGGCUGCUCGGAUCGGUCAGUCUCUGCUGCAGAGGAACCAUGUCCUUCAGGAGCGCAACGAAUCACUGGAGGAGCAGCUCGCACAGACGCUGGAUCAGGUCCAUCAGUUGCAGCAUGAGUUGAUGAAGAAGGACGAGCUUUUGCGAAUGGUGUCGAGUGUGAGUGAAGAGAGUGAGACGGACUCCAGCUCGUCUCCGUCGCUUCACCACGCGCCCUCUAAUCACACACUCGCACACACACUCACCCUCAGCCAGCUGGAGGCGCUGCAGAGCAAACUGCAGGAGCUAGAGGAGGAGAACCACAAACUACAGGUGGAGGCGGGCCAGCUGAAGAAGGAGACCAUCACGUACGAGGAGAAAGAGCAGCAGCUGGUCAGCGAUUGUGUUAAAGAGCUCCGCGAGUCGAACACUCAGAUGGUGAAUCUGACUGAAGAACUUUCUCAGAAGAACGAGGAUCUUAUGAAACAGCAGGAGGAGAUCUCCCAGCUCCUGUCACAGAUCGUGGAGCUCCAACAGCGCCUCAAACAGUUAGCACUGGAGAAAGAGGAGCUGAGGAUUCAUCUACAAGCCUCAAAGGACUCCCAGCGACAGCUAACUGCUGAGCUGAACGAGCUGGCUGACAGGAAUGCGGAGUGUGUAGGGAUGUUGCACGAGUCUCAGGAAGAGCUUAAGGAGCUGCGCAGUAAGAUCAGUCCGUCUGCAGGCCUGCGCAGGCAUCUCUCACACAGCCUCUACCCCAUGGAGUGUCUGGCGGCCGAGAUUGAAGGCACUAUGAGGAGGGAGUUGAGUGUAGAGGAGGAGAUCACAUCCCAGGACCAGAGGUCGAGUCAAAAGCGUGUGUUUCAGACAGUGAGGUCAGCGAAUGAGUCAAUAAUGCGAGCAGCAGCAGGGACGCCUCCUAUUCCCGGGUCAGGGCACUGCAGUGUGGUGAUGACAUCACAGCCGUUUCACUCCAACACACACCCCACGCCUGACGGAGACCCACAGCAUGGCACGGACAAUGUGUGCGUGGGCCGGCCCGGCUCUCCUGGAGGAAGUGACCUCGUCUCUGCGCUGCGUCGCCUCACUCUGAGGAGGCAGAACUUCCUGUGUGAGCGUCAGUACUUUCAGGCCGAGAGGACCAGGAAGCUGCAGGAGUUCUCCGACGGGGUGGAGUCAGAGGGUGGUGGGAGUGGCUGCAGCUCUCCAAUGGGAAGUGUCCGCUCGUCUUUCACCAACCUUUCAGAGUUCUCCAUGUCCUCCGGCUGCUUUAAGACGUUUUUGCCCGAGAAGCUGCAGAUCGUAAAGCCCAUGGAAGGCUCUCUGACACUGCACCACUGGCAGCAGCUGGCAAAGCCACACUUGGCCUCCAUCCUCGAUCUGCACCCGGGUGUGGUCACUAAGGGCUUUAGGCCCCUCCCCCAGGAUUCUGUGUAUCAUCUGAACGACCUGGAGGAGGACGAGGAGAACGACAGAGCGCCGUGGGUGGACAACACAAAGCGACGAGAUGAGAGGAAGACGGGAGAGGAGGGUGACGACGAAGGGAUCACGUUCAACGUGCACUCGUCCUCCACUCCGGAGGGAAGGAAAGAGAGGAGUGUUUUCACGCCACUUAAAGCCCCGCCUCUUUCGCCAUCUGUAAGAGCGUCUCCUGUCUCAUUGGCUGCAGCUGUGACAUUUGACACCUUAGUAAAUUCAGCGGCAGGGUCGACGGCACUUCCUGUGUCCCAGCCAAGCCUGAGUGUUACUACAACAGCGCCCUCUAUGGCAGUGAAUCCUGGUAAGUGUCAGAGCUCCACCUUCUCCACCUACACCUUCACCACCUGCCGCAUCCUGCACCCCAGUGAUGUCACACAGGUCACACCCAGCUGUGUGUCCACCCCGAGUUCUCUCCGCUCCGUUCCCUCCACCCCGGUCACUCCGUGCAGGUUGAGUCUGGGUGACUCGUUUCCUCCUCGUCGCACUACAGCACCCCCUGCUGGUCUGGCUAAGCUCCUGUUGGAGAAAGGCAUCUCUGCCCAGAGAGUUCCUGCUCCUCCCUCUAAACCGCCUCAGCUCCUGCACCUGCCCCCCAGUACCCCUCCCAACUCCCCCUGCCCCUCCCCUGUACCCUUCGAGUCAACCUCCACACUCUCUGACAACUUCCUGGCAUCGCGGCCGGCCGAGCUCUUCCUGCAGGACGUAUACGGCGUGAAACCCGACCUCGUCGAGCGUCUGCGCAAGCUCGGAUUGGACAAAAACGUCAUCCGGACAGACUUGGACACGGCUCAGCAAUCAUCCACUCUGUUACCGACAGGGGGAGGAAGCUUAUUGGUGGGAUUGAGGCGGAACCAAAGCCUGCCUGCUAUGGUUGGUCAACGCAGCCCGUCCUACCCUGUUCCGCCCCCUCACCCCACCUCCCUCGCCCUGCCUACUCCUUCCUGGGGUAACUUGAAACCACGCCCUACUCGUAGACACACCUCCCUUUCAAAAGCUCCUUUUCCUAAUGAGCAUUAAUGAGCUGUUUGAGGUUGUUUGGC